CGAAAGGUCAUCUCUUGUGAUGUAUCAUUUCAGGUGUCACUCGCUGAAGCGAUAUUUCCGCGAAAGGCCUUUGCGUUUUUGAAUAAAGGAUACACGCUUGAACGCAUCAGCCAUGCAUUUGGCAAACUACUACUCGAUUCUCUGUCCUUGAAGGUAACACGGUUGAACGGAAGCAGAUUAUGCCAAGAACCUGAUCUCUGUCUGUCAGGUGCAAUGUUUGUGUCUCCUUCUGAAAGCAGUCCGGUAACAUACCUAACUGGGUUUCAUUUAUUUCAUAUUACUGCACUUAAUUCACUAUAAUCAUUUAAAUUGGGGCCGAGUAGCGCUGAUUUUACGGCAGUAGUCUGGCAGACAACAAUCGGGAUAUUUCUACUUCCGCUUUGUGGCGCUUCGCGGGAAUUCUCGUUGACGCAUGCGCCCUGAGUUUAAUUCUUGGCGCGGGAGGAAGCGGUCAGACAUGUUUAUAUGUCGUCCUCAUUGCUAACGUUUCAAUCUCAAAUAACACGAAAUACUCUGUUCGAAUAAAAAUGUGGAACCAGGGAGGAUAUAAUGACUCCAGUAUGGCUGGGGGAUACACUCAGUCGCCUGGCGGCUUUGCGUCGCCUUCCUUGUCGCAGGGAGGAGAGAAGAAAGGGAGAACCAGAGCUACACAGAUCAUCCCUUGCACCGUGUCCCAGCUGAUGUCCGCGACCCAGUCAGAUGAGGCCUUCAGAGUCGGGGAGGUGGAAGUGGCUCAAGUCACCAUCAUAGGAAUCAUCAGGAGUACAGACAAGUCCAUGACCAACAUCCAGUACAAGGUGGACGACAUGACGUCAGCCCCGAUGGAUGUGAAGCAGUGGGUGGACACAGAUGACCCUAAUGUGGAAGGCGGGGUGUUGCCUCCAGGCACUUACGUCAAAAUUUCUGGCAACCUGCGCUCCUUUCAGAAUAACCGAUCUGUGGUGGCGUUCAGCGUCAGACCCCUGGAGGACAUGAAUGAGAUCACGUCACACAUGCUGGAGGUAGUCCAGGCGCACAUGAUGCUCAACAAGUCUCAGUCCUUGGACCAGUCUAAACAGAGCGGCCCGGCCUUGGCGAGGCCUGCGGGAGGCCUGGCCGCUAACAUUGACGUGGGCUACGCGGGCGCACGCGACACGGUUAACAACGGUCUAAGUGCAAGUCAGAACCAGGUGCUGAGUUUGAUAAGAGGAUGUCCAGACCAGCGAGGCAUCAGCAUUCAGGACCUGAAGAUCAGACUGGGCAACCUCAGCCUGGCGGUCAUCAAGCAGGUGGUGGAGUUCCUCAGCAACGAAGGUCACAUCUUUUCCACCAUCGAUGAAGACCACUUCAAGUCGACAGACUGCGAUGAGUAGAGGCCCCGCCUCCUCGAAGACACUUUGUUUUGAUCAUUGUACUUUUUUUUUUUUUUUUUUAAAGACCAUUUGUGUCCUUGUACCUGGAAAUAAACAAAUGCUAUUAUGUUGUCUACUCUCAA